AUCACGUGACCAGCAGCAGCAGCAGGCGUGACGUCACGUAGCAGGUCUGAUCAUCAUUGCAGAGGUGACCAUAUCUCUUACUGAAGACGUCAAGGACGACUGACCUGUAGCAUCCUGUGGGACUGAUUUCUGAGCCGUGGGUGAGUUCCUGUGGCCUGCAGCAUCAUGGGGGAGUUGUUCCGCAGUGAGGAGAUGACUCUGGCCCAGCUCUUCCUCCAGUCUGAAGCGGCCUACUGCUGCGUCAGUGAACUGGGAGAGCUGGGAAUGGUCCAGUUCAGAGAUCUCAACCCUGAUGUGAACGUGUUUCAGAGGAAGUUUGUGAAUGAAGUGAGACGUUGUGAGGAGAUGGACAGGAAGCUCAGGUUUGUAGAGAAAGAAAUUAAGAAAGCCAACAUUCCAGCAAUGGACACUGGUGAGAAUCCCGAAGUCCCAUUCCCACGAGACAUGAUUGACCUUGAGGCCACCUUUGAGAAGCUGGAGAAUGAGCUCAAAGAGAUCAACACCAAUCAAGAAGCCCUGAAGAAGAACUUUCUAGAGCUGACAGAACUCAAGCAUAUCCUCAGACGUACUCAGCAGUUCUUUGAUGAGAUGGAGGAUCCGAACCUUUUGGAAGAAUCAUCAUCUCUGCUAGACCCCAGUGAGGCUGGUCGAGGUGCCCCACUGCGACUAGGGUUUGUGGCUGGGGUUAUAAACCGGGAGAGAAUCCCCACGUUUGAGAGGAUGCUGUGGAGAGUAUGCCGUGGAAAUGUCUUUUUACGUCAGACAGAGAUUGAGGACCCUCUUGAGGACCCCACAACCGGAGACCAGGUGCACAAAUCUGUGUUUAUCAUCUUCUUCCAAGGAGACCAGCUGAAGAACAGAGUGAAGAAGAUCUGUGAAGGGUUCCGCGCAUCUCUGUACCCGUGCCCUGAGACCCCUCAGGAGAGGAAGGAGAUGGCAGCAGGUGUCAACACCCGCAUUGAUGACCUCCAGAUGGUUCUAAAUCAAACCGAGGACCACCGGCAGAGGGUUUUGCAGGCCGCUGCGAAAACCAUACGUGUGUGGUUCAUCAAAGUGAGGAAGAUGAAGGCCAUUUAUCACACCCUGAACCUCUGUAACAUCGAUGUUACACAGAAGUGUUUGAUCGCUGAGGUCUGGUGUCCCGUUUCUGACCUCGAUUCCAUUCAAUUUGCUCUGCGGAGGGGAACAGAACGGAGUGGUUCCACAGUUCCUUCCAUCUUGAACCGAAUGCAGACCAAACAGACUCCACCUACUUUCAACAAGACCAACAAGUUCACCUCGGGAUUCCAGAACAUCGUGGAUGCUUACGGCAUCGGAACCUACCGAGAGAUCAACCCAGCACCAUACACAAUCAUUACGUUCCCGUUCCUGUUUGCCGUCAUGUUUGGGGACAUGGGUCACGGCAUGCUGAUGACAUGUGCGGCACUUUACCUGGUCAUCAGAGAGACACGUCUGCUCGCCCAGAAGAGUGACAAUGAGAUGUUUAACAUGAUUUUUGCUGGACGUUAUAUCAUUCUUUUGAUGGGGAUAUUCUCAGUCUACACAGGACUGAUCUACAAUGACUGCUUCUCCAAGUCCCUCAACAUGUUCGGCUCAAGCUGGAGUGUGCGGCACAUGUUUUUCCCCAAGGGGAACUGGACGUUUGAGACUCUGGAUGGUAACUCAGUUCUUCAGUUAGACCCUGCUGUUCCUGGCGUGUUUGGUGGCCCUUAUCCUCUGGGCAUUGACCCCAUCUGGAAUGUUGCCACAAAUAAGCUGACGUUCCUGAACUCCUUUAAGAUGAAGAUGUCUGUAAUCCUGGGUGUCAUUCACAUGGUGUUUGGAGUCUCGCUGUCCCUCUUCAAUCACCUGUACUUCAAGAAGCCUUUGAACAUUUUCUUUGGUUUCAUUCCUGAGAUUGUGUUCAUGUGCAGUCUGUUUGGUUAUCUGAUCCUGCUCAUCUUCUACAAGUGGACGGCUUAUGAUGCAGUGACAUCUAAAGAUGCUCCCAGUCUACUGAUUGCUUUCAUCAACAUGUGUCUUUUCAACUACAACGAUCCUACCAACAAACCAUUGUACAGAGGACAGCUGGGGAUUCAGUCUCUGUUGGUGGUGAUAGCUCUGGCGUGUGUGCCGUGUAUGCUGGUGGUGAAGACUAUGGUCCUGCGCCGUCAGUACCUGUGGAAGAAGCACCUGUCCCAGAUGAGGGAGGCAAGACCUGCAGAGAAUCUAGAAACUUUAGAGCAGAAAGGCACCAGCUCACCCACCGGACUCACCCAACAGGGCACGCAGAAGUUCGGUGGCAUCCGGGUGGGAAACGGGCCUACAGAAGACGAGGCGGAGAUCAUUGACCACGACCAGCUCUCGCAGCACUCAGAGGAAGGAGACGAGCAUUCAGAGGAAGAACCGUUUAACUUUGGAGAUGUGGCAGUUAAUCAGGCCAUUCACACUAUAGAGUACUGUCUGGGCUGCGUCUCCAACACUGCCUCAUACCUGCGGCUCUGGGCCCUUAGUUUGGCUCAUGCUCAGUUGUCUGAGGUUCUAUGGGGAAUGGUGAUGCAUUUUGGACUGUCCUCGAGGAGUGGCGGUGGAUUCUUUGGCUUAUCGAUCAUUUUCGCUGCCUUUGCCACACUGACAGUGUGUAUCCUACUCAUCAUGGAGGGACUGUCUGCAUUUCUGCAUGCUCUGCGCUUACAUUGGGUGGAGUUCCAGAACAAGUUCUACGUAGGACAGGGCUUCAAGUUUGUCCCGUUUUCCUUCGAGAGUAUUCUGGAGGGUCGAUUUGAUGAAUGAGCUACUACAGCUUUCUCAAAUAUCAUCAAUUCCCACUCCUGCAUGGAUCCUGUCUCACCCUGUCCCCUUCAGGAGCAGUGCUGUCUGGUGAUGUGUUUGUAAGAUGUGACCCCUAACCUAUGCACAUUGGGUGUUUUUGAGAUGUGCUGUGUUCUGUAAGCCUUUCUGCCAGAUUUAUAACCCCACUUUAUGUAAACAGUCCUUCAAAACAGUGGGUUAACUGUAAUAGAUGUUGCAAUGUUAAAAAUGUGUAAAGGAGUGUAAAUCUAGAUUGAACAGUUUAAUUAAUUAUUUUAAAUAAUGACACAAACUGCACUCAAAAACUGGCUUUCCACACUGCUCUUGACCCUGGGUUAUCAGCAUUCUAAACUUUGACCCCAGAUAAAGGUAUGUUUUACACUAAUUUAAAAGCGAGGUUAGCACUAGACUGCGUUUGCAAACUUGAGCAAUGUGAAACAAUGCUGUAUUAGAAUAUUAUGGAUAGAUGCUUAGCUGCAGAUACCCAAUCGUGCUUCAUAUUCACAUACUUUGGACAGUCAUGGAAACAUUGCACAUUGUAUAAACAGUGAUUUCAGCAUUUGAGAGAAAAUAAUAUCAACUGAUGAUACAAAACAUAUGAACUGAAGUACCCUACAAUAUAUAAUAUGAGGAUGAGCCAUGCUAGAACUGUGCCAAAUUCUUCUAGUCAAGAGCAGCCUUAAUCUGAUUAAUUGCUAACCUUGGCUAAAUUAUAAGCAGUUUAAAACAUGGAACAAGAUAACCCAGGAUUCCAUUUACCUGGCAUUUAGAAUGACCCAGGGUUAACUAUUUCAAGUGUGAAAAGCCCUAAAGAGCGAUAUCCAACUAAUGCAGGAGUGUCCAUUCCUGUGUCUGGAUGGCCAGUGUUGUGCAAAAUGUAGCUCCACCCAACUCCAACAGGUUGGAAUUUUCUUGUGACCCUGAAGACUUUGAUUAGCUGGUUCAGGUGUGUUUAAUUAGGGUUGGAGCUAAACAGGAGGUGUUUCUCAAUGUCAAGGAAGGAUCCUCGGAAGCCAGUAUUUCGAGGAUGCUACGUCAUCGACAUCCGUCGAAGGACUGUUCCAAUGUCGAGGAUCCUCGGAAUUUCAACCAAGGACUGAGUCCUUCAUUCGAAAAAUAUGCCAUACACAGGAAAGGAUGCAUAUGUGUAUCCUUCGCGCUCUCAAAUCACCCACAAUCCUAUGCGCACUGCUUUGCUAUCUUGUUCAAAAAUUCAAGUCGGAGUGUUAACCGUUUUUAUUUACGUUACCAAACAUUUGUUAGAACUGUAGUAAAUAUAAGUAAAGUUUAACGUUUAAAUGCCAGUACAAAUUACUACCAUAUUGAUAUUGUAAAUUAUACAAAUACAAAUGGUUAACUGAACCGGACCUGUCAUUCAACAAUUGUUAACUUGGUUGCGUCAUCGGCAUUUCUUUUAUAAAUAACUAGUUAAGUUUUCCAAAGUAAUUUAAUGAUACCAUUCACAGCGUUAUUCAAUGACGCAAUUACGUGCACUUGCUAGCCUGUUCCAUUUACGUGUUCUCCGAAUGCUAAAGAGGAGUCUUGCCUAGCCUCUGAAGGAAGUGACUUGGAAGGAUCAGUCCUACCAAGGAAGUAUCCUUGACAUUGAGAAACGACUAGGGUUGGACCCCCCUGAGCAAAUAAUAUAUUGUUGACCAGUGGUUCCCAAACAUAUUCCUGGAGUACAUUUUCAAGACAAAAGUCUCCUUUACUGACACACCCAUUUCAGGUCAUGGAGUCGCUACUAAUGAAAUAAUGGCAUGAAUCAGGUGUGAUUGAUUAAGGACACGUGUAAAAUUUGCAGUGUUGGGUGUCCAGAAAUGUGGCUGAGAACCGCUGUUGUAGAGUAGAGCAAAAUUACAUGAAAAUGUCUUGGUUUUAAAUUCUCUGAUUCCCAGAUAAACCAUGAAACCUGUAUUUACAUCUAAAAACAUCAAAAUGUAAACAUCAGCUUUUUCUGCUGAUGUUAUUCUGCACCUAUUGUUUCUCUCCACAAACCUUUAUUUUUGUGUUGUUUUGAAGAGGCAGAUGAAGUAGAUGGUUUCAGGGAUCAUCUUGUUAAACUUAAUUGAAAAAAUAUGUAACCUUGAUCCCACAUUGAUAAAAAGUAGCUAGUCAGAAAAACCAACAACAUUUUGCAGAAUAAAGGUUAACAUCCUGUUACUGAGUAGACAACAGUGGAUAUCAUAAGUCUCUUGAGGCAGCUAUAAAAGGUGUUAAUGUUUGGUGGACUGUCUUUGGCUGUCUUGCUUAACAGUAAAACAUAUCAACAUGGAAAUAAAUUAUAAAAAAAAAUACUUUAUCUGUUUUAUUUGUUGCUGUUUAUUGUUUUGCUGUGGUGCAAGUAUUUUACAUGCAGAAGAGAGUGUUUGUGCAUGAACAUAGAUUUCAGUGAGGACUAUACAAUGAGUCAAAUGUGUCUCUGUUGUUGUAAAACCCUGUUCAUCCUAAAUCAGACAAUUAAAGAUCUGGGGAGAAUAAA